CAGAGGGACCGAAAAAGGCAAAAAAGAACGAACGAAAAUGUGGCUGCAGGGGCGCUGUUCUUUCUUCUUCGUCCUCUUCUUCUUCCUCCUCCAUGGAACCCACUUUCCUGUCACCGCACUCUACGGCGACCUAAUCAACGCCACCUGCAAACAAUGCGCCGACCUGUCGGUGGUCUUCAACUACAACUUCUGCUCAGCUUCUCUCCAAGAGAUCCCCAUCAGUCAUGUCACCAACCUCCAAGGCCUGGCCCUUGUCGCCAUGGAGCUGGCCCUGGAGAACGUCACUGCCACCAUCUCAACCAUCCAGAACAUGCUCGACAGCGGCCGCUUCGACCCUUUCGCCGUCGGCUGCCUGAAGGAUUGCCUGGAGCUGUACGCGGAUUCCUCGCAGGUGCUGCUGAACGCCAUUGUGGCUUUCCUAUCGGAGCAGCUUGAUGCUGCGAACGUGCUAGUGAGCGCCGUGAUGGAAACGACGGUGACUUGUGAGGAAGGGUUUAGGGAGAAAGAGGGCGAGGUGAGUCCAUUGACGGAGGAGAAUGAGAGUCUGUUCCAGUUGAGUGAUAUUGCGCUUUGCAUAAUCAAGUUGCUGCCUGUGGCCUUUGGUUCCAAGUUUGAUCAAUUGAAUGUGUAAAACUGAUGAAGUUCAAGCCAAGGGAUUGGUUAAUUUGGUGGUGUCCAGAGAUUCUCCCUUCUAUUAUAUUUUUUAGUGUUCAUGAUGACUGUUACUUUUCAAUAAAUUUGUUGAUACUUGAUAUUA